CCCUCCCGCCCUCCCUGUGCCGGUGAUGAUGCCUGCCAGGAAGAACGGAGCUGGCAGCCCGCCAAGGAGGGCAGGGGCGCCGGGGGAGCCGCCGUUGCGCGCGUGCCUUGGUCGCGUGGCUACUAGGCGGAGGCGCGGGGAUGUCUGCAGCGGCGGCUGGCUGUGCUGGCAAGGCAGGGCAAUGUCGGCAGCAGAACAGCGACCGACAGAGGCUUCUCCAUCAUCAAAUUCCUCCGGCUCUUCUGAGGCAGUAGAAACGGAGGCAGGAAACAGAUACGAGCCUGUUCCCCCCCGCCACUGGUUUUAUUGCAAGGUGGUGGAUUCCAGAGAGAAGUGGAUCCCCUUCAGCGGACAAGAUUCGGAGAAGCUAGAAAAUGCCCAUCAAUCCAGUAAGCACUGUGAGGAGCUGGUGGUUCCAACAGAAGGGGGCCGAUAUGACGUGCACCUGAAAAAGAGGCUGCGCUAUGCCGUUUACUGGGAGGAAGUUGAAUCUGAAGUGAAACGCUGCACUUGGUUUUACAAGGGAGACAAGGACAACAAAUAUAUCCCGUAUUCGGAAAACUUCAGUGAACAGUUGGAGGAGACGUAUAUGAUUUGUGUCACUCUAGAUGAGUGGAAAAAGAAACUGGAGUCUCCGACCAGAGAAAUAAUCAUAUUGCAUAACCCAAAGCUGAUGGUACAUUACCAUCCAGUAGCAAUCUCGGAUGACUGGGGUUCAAGCCCCACAGAGCAAGGCCGGCCGAGAACUGUGAAGAGAGGAGUGGAAAAUAUUGCUGUUGAAAUUCCCAAUGGAGAGCCUCUGCAGAUAGAUCAUUUGGUUUUUGUUGUUCAUGGAAUUGGACCAGCCUGGGACAUCCGGUUCCGAAGUAUUGUGCAAUGUGUCAAUAAUGACUUCCGCAACGUUUCCUUGAGCAUGCUGCCUGCACACUUCAAGAAAGCCCAGGAGCAGCAACAGAUUGGCCGGGUUGAAUUCCUCCCAGUGAACUGGCACAGUACUUUACACACCGGGGUGGACGUGGACUUGGAAAGAAUCGCUUUGCCGAGCAUCAACCGCCUGCGUCACUUCGUCAAUGACACUAUCCUGGACGUCUUCUUUUAUAAUAGCGCCACUUACUGCCAAACCAUUGUUGACACCAUUGCUUCAGAAAUGUACCGGCUCUACCUGCUCUUCUUGCAGAGGAACCCCAACUUCAAAGGCGGGGUCUCCAUAGCAGGGCACAGCUUAGGAUCGCUUAUAUUGUUUGAUCUCCUCACAAAUCAAAAAAGCACAUCUGAGGAAGAAGAUAAAAAUGAGGCACCCCAAACACUAGCAACCAGUCAAGAAGCCUUUGGGUCAGUGAAUGACAUAUUGAAAGACCUGGAGCUUUCUGGAUAUUGCUCUGUGUUUGAGAGGGAGCAAGUGGACAGAUGAGCACUGGCCUUGUGCACUGAAAAGGAACUUAAAGAGAUGGGAAUUCCUUUGGGACCUAGAAUGAAAAUCCUGCACUCUUUGAGGAACAAGUGUCGCUAUCAGGUUUGUAAAGGGCAGACACUUGCAGCUCCCGGGGAAGGUGGAGAUGCCAAGCAAGAGAAUGUUGUAAAAGCCACAGAUGAAGAGACAUGUUUCCGGCAUCUGGAUGUUGUUAUGGGGCAGCCUUAACCACUCCAGGACCCAUGCACAUGCCAAAUCUGCAGCCAACGAAAAAGUUCGACCCAGUAGCCUACAGGAUUGAACCCUUGAUUGUUCCAGAUGCGGAAAGAAGAUUUCAAAGCUAGCAGCACUGAAAUGGAGUAAAAGAGGAGGAGUGAAGAGUAAGAAGACGAAAGAAGCUGGGAAAGAGAAAAGUAUGAUGAACCUGCAGGACGGAGAGGAGAAGAGAGAAGUUCAAAUAGUUCCCUCCCGCCCACCAUUAGUUAGAAUGUAUCAAAAGAAGGAUAAAAUACUAUUGUACUUACCUGCAAACAUCAGUGGGCGGGGGGGGGGCCCUCUUCAUCAUGGCAGGAGAGAGUUGGGGAGAUUUAGGGGAGGGGCCGCAGCAGCCAGGAGGGGGUGUUUGGAGGGGUCCUUCCACCGCUGCUGCCACGCACCCAGAGGGUCCCCACCGGAGGAUCGCGCAGCGGGCGGAGGCCUCUGACCACGAGGCACGGCCCUUGGGGAGGAAUGGGUGACGGUCUCUCUCCCCCAGGGCGUGCCUUCGGGCGGGGGCGGGGUGGCGAUGGAAGGGCCACAGAGCCGGAGGGGAGCGGCGGAGUCCCCGAGGAGGAAGGGGCUGGCUCUGCCUUGGGGAGCCUCAGCGCUUGAAUAGUUAGCGCUGGCAACGGGUCGGGCCUCUGCCGAGCCUCUGGCGGAUGCCAGGAUGAUGGUAACGGCUUCGGCAGAGGCCGGCCCAUCGGGGUCAGGGCGUUCAUCCUGGGGUGGUUCUUUAAAGAAGUCUGGGGAGGAACCGUCUCCCUGGGCAAGCCAGAAAGACGGUCCUGCCCCAGAGGGACGAAGUCCCGCCCAGGCUCCCCAAGCUCCAGGUUCCUCCUGGGGAUGGGUUGGAGGAUUUUAACCGCCGCUGCCGCCUCCGGCCUCCUUCUGGGGGGGCUCCCCUCCUCCUGGUGGGGAAGGGGUUUCCCCCCAGAAGGCACGCCCCCACCUGGUGCCUUGGGCCCCCGCCGAGCCUCGAUCCUCCGUGGGAGGGCUGGUGGGCUGCCCUCCCGUGGGGGCCUCACCUGGGUGCUCGGUGCGUCCCUGACCAGGUUGCUUUUAGUCCGCCUUUUUUUGGCAGACCUCACCCUUUCCGUUGAUGGCCCAGCCACAGGGGCUGGGUCACCAAGGGAAAGGGUGGACCUGACCAGGGGUGGCAGCAGCAGCUUCCGGACCACCUCCCAGCUGUCAGAUGUAAUAGCCUUCCUCCCCACUUUCCUCCCCUCCUCUUCUCCUGAAAAGAAGAGAAGAAAAGAAAAGAGAUGUUAUUUUUAAAUUUUAUUUCACAUCUCUAUAUGCACCCAAAAGUCACUUCUCUGGGUGUUUUACAUGAGUCCUUUGCAAAACCAAAGCUCUGAAUUUCAGAGCGGCAUAUGAAGUUUCAUAUUUAUUUAUUUGUUUAUUAUUUCUCACUUAAUAUUUUAAUUGUGUCUUUUUUACCAUCUUGUGUUUAAAGUUUUUUGCUAUAAACCGCCUUGGGAUUAUUUAAUGAAAGGCGGUAUAUUAAUUGAACAAUGAAAGAAUGAAUGAAAGAUGAGGGAGGAAGUCAGUCUGCUUUGGCUGUCCAUGACUAGCUAGUCUUGGAUCCUUUGACCCAGGGAAAAACCAUCCCCAGUGGCCCCGGCACACAUCCAGCCAGAGAGUCAUCCCCUCCCUCAGCCCCUCCUGAAGCACUUUCAAGGCCACUGGGGGAGGAGCUGCAUUCCCCUAAGGAUUGCUCUUUUGGGUCCACAAAGUGGUUAAAUUGGAACUGAUUGACAGACAUGUGCCACUAAAGAUGUUGUGCAAGGUGACCGAUUGUGCUCACUUCCAACCUGCCCUCCAUGCACCCACACUUUCCCUUGGUCUUUGAGACCCACCUCAAGAUGGGGACAAUGAAAUGCCUGGCAUUAAAACCAGCCUUUUAAAAACCCGGACAAACGUUGAGAUAAGCUAGGAUUGGCAUUACAAAACCCGGUUUGUGUGUACUGGGUUGUACUAUUGUACUGCAAAUUGUACUGCAACCGGGUUGUACUAUUGUACUGCAAAUAAAAUACUAUUGUACUUACCGGCAAACAUCAGUGGGAGGGCAUGGGGGGCAGCCUCGUGGCAGGAGAGAGUUGGGGAGAUCUAGAGGAGGGACCCCAACAGCCCAGAUGCUGUGUUAGGAGGUGUCCUUCCACCACUGCUGCCACGCACCCAGAGGGUCCCCAGUGGAGGAUCACACAGUGGGCGGAGGCCUCUCACCACGAGGCACGGCCCUUGAGGAGGAAUUGGUGACGGUCUCUCUCCCCAAGGGCGUGCCUUCGGGCGGGGGCGGGAUGGCGAUGGAAGGGCCACAGGGCUGGAGGGGAGCGGCGGAUUCCCCGAGGAGGAAGGGUCUGGAUCUGCCUUCGGGAGCCUCAGCGCUUGGAUAGUUAGCGCUGGCAACGGGUCGGGCCUCUGCCAAGCCUCUGGCGGAUGCCAGGAUGAUGGUAACGGCUUCGGCAGAGGCCGGCCCAUCGGGGUCAGGGCGUUCAUCCUGGGAUGGUUUUUUAAAGAAGUCUGGGGAGGAACCGACUCCCUGGACAAGCCAGAAAGACGGUCCUGCCCCAGAGGGACGAAGUCCCGCCCAGGCUCCCCAAGCUCCAGGUUCCUCCUGGGGACGGGUUGGAGAAUUUUAACCGCCGCUGCCGCCUCCGGCCUCCUUCUGGGGGGGCUCCCCUCCUCCUGGUGGGGGUUUCCCCCCAGAAGGCACGCCCCCACCUGGUGCCUUGGGCCCCCGCCGAGCCUCGAUCCUCCGUGGGAGGGCUGGUGGGCUGCCCUCCCGUGGGGGCCUCACCUGGGUGCUCGGUACUUCCCUGGCCAGUUUGCUUUUUGCCCGCUUUUUUUUUGCGGACCUCACCCUUUCCGUUGAUGGGGUCACCUCCGGCCUCCUUCUGGGGGGUCACCCCCUCCCCCUGGUAGAGAAGGGCUUUCCCCCCAGAAGGCACACCCUUGGGCCCCCGCCCAGCUUCCUUGAUCCUCCUUGGGAGGGCUGGUGGGCUGGCAUCCCCUGGGUGCUCGGUACUUCCUGGGGCUCUUUGCUCUUUUUCCGCUUUGAUCUUUUUGCGGACCUCACCCUUUCCGUUGAUGGCCCAGCCACAGGGGCUGGGUCACCAAGGGAAAGGGUGGAUCUGACCCCAGGGACCAGGGCUGGCAGCAGCAGCUUCCAGACCACCUCCCGGCUGUUGGAAGUGAUGGCCUUCCUCCCCACUUUCCUCCCCUCCUCUUCUCCUGAAAAGAAAAAAAAAAGAUGUUAUUUUUAAAAUUUAUUUCACUUCUCUAUAUGCAUCCAAAAGUCACAUCUCUGGGUGUUUUACAUGAGUCCUUUGCAAAACCAAAGCUCUGAAUUUCAGAGCGGCAUAUGGAGUUUUAUAUUUAUUUAUUUGUUUAUUAUUUCUCACUUAAUAUUUUAAUUGUGUCUUUUUUACCAUCUUCUGUUUAAAUUUUUUGCUGUAAACUGCCUUGGGAUUGUUUAAUGAAAGGCGGUAUAUAAACUGAACAAUAAAUGAAUGAAUGAAAGAUGAGGGAGGAAGUCAGUCUGCUUUAGCUGCCCACGAAGAGCUAGUCUUGGAUCCUUUGACCCAGGGAAAAACCAUCCCCAGUGGCCCCGGCACACAUCCAGCCAGAGAGUCAUCCCCUCCCUCAGCCCCUCCUGAAGCACUUUCAAGGCCACUGGGGGAGGAGCUGCAUUCCCCUAAGGAUUGCUCUUUUGGGUCCACAAAGUGGUUAAAUUGGAACUGAUUGACAGACAUGUGCCAGUAAAGAUGUUGUGCAAGGUGACCAAUUGUGCUCACUUCCAACCUGCCCUCCAUGCACCCACACUUUCCCUUGGUCUUUGAGACCCACCUCAAGAUGGGGACAAUGAAAUGCCUGGCAUUAAAACCAGAAGGAAUGGGGUAAAAGACACCGUGCAGAGGUCAAUACUCAGAGACCACAAAAAUCGCUAAUGGUGGCGGCAACUCUGCUAAUACUGCAAAAAUGGCCCAAACCUUACACCUUUGAGUUUUAAGAUCAAAAACAUGAUUCGCCAGGAAUGGCGUAUUGUUAAAGAUAUCCCAGGGUGUGCAUUACCACCUAUUUUUGCUUUCAGAAGAACCAAAAGUAGUAGAGAUCAUCUGGUAAAAGCUGAUAUGUGUGUUACUCCAGUAGUGCAUACGUCUUCAUUAGGGUUUUAUGGCUGUGGCCAUUGUGCCGCCUGUGCUUUGGCUGUGGAAAUCGAUGAAAUAUAUGUUGCCCGGGAAAAACGAAUGGUUAAAUUAUCAUUUUUUGCUAAUUGUAGCAGUAAAAAUAUCAUUUAUAUGAUCACAUGUCCCUGUGGUCUGAAAUAUGUGGGUAAGAGUACCCGGGCAGUGAGGACUAGAAUUCUGGAACAUCGCUCCAGAAUAAAACAUAAUGUUUUGGAAGCGCCUCUCAUGGAGCAUUUUAUGCGUUUCCAGCAUUCUCCUGAAGAUAUCAGGUUUAGUGUAAUUUUUAAAUAUCAACCACAGAAACUUGGACAUGAGAACAUAGACCAAUUUCUCUUAAGAAUGGAAUCCACCUUCAUAUAUAAAUUGAACAAAGGUUUCCCAAAUGGGCUUAAUUCAGCAUGUGAUUUGGCAGUAUUUUUGUAAAAAAAUAAUUUCAUCUGUCUACACGAUCAUUGUGGACGGCUGGCACUUUAUAUAUCAGCUAUUUACAAGAAUUUGUUUGUCAUCUAUCUUUUGUAUAUGAGAGUUGUCUGAUUUUUGAUUAAAAAGAAAAUGUUACAUGCCAUA